GGCAAAGUCACUCUUCGCAGUGCUGCAGAAGCUCACAUUGAGACUGGAUAAAAAGGAGGGAGUGCCUAUUAACUCAGUCAGCUCCAGAUCCUUCUCACUAUGCGCCUUGCAGCCAUCCUCCUGGUUGUGGGUCUUGUGUACCUCACACUGGCCCAGGAAAGAGAUCCGUUCUUCUGGAUCUACACUCUGCAUUCCAUGGCAGCCCUGACUGCUGACACCACCGGGGGAGACUGUGCAGCAGAGUGUGACUGUCCACCGACCUUCCCCAUUGCCAUGUACUGCGACAACCGGGGCAUGAAACAGGUGCCUUACAUCCCAUCUCGCAUGAAGUACGUCUACCUGCAGCACAACCAGAUCACCGCGGUGCUGGAUGAUGCCUUCGGCAAUGCCACCAACCUGGUGUGGGUUAUGCUGCAUGAGAACAAUAUCAGUACUGUGGGAAAGAAGGCUUUCAGCAACCUGGCAUCCCUGCACCGCCUCUACCUGAGUGGCAACAACCUGAAAAGCGUGCCUGCCAGCCUGCCCCCCAGCCUGCAUGACCUCCGCCUCAACCACAACAACAUUGACACAGUGGCACCCAACUCAUUCGAGGGCAUGGAGAACCUGACCGUGCUGUUGCUCAGCAACAAUGCCAUCCAGGAUCUAGGCAGCUCUUUCAAGGGCCUCAGGUCCCUCACUCUGCUCGAUAUCAGCAACAACCAGCUGAAGAAGGUCCCUGAUGGCCUGCCCGCUAUGUUGCACCAGCUCUACCUGGGCUUCAAUGCCAUCGACACUGUGCCGAGAAACUUCCUCAGCCACUUCUCUAACCUGCAGUACGUGCGCUUGUCCCACAAUGAGCUCACGAAUAAAGGAAUCCCACCCAGCACCUUCAAUGUCAGUGGACUGAUAGAGCUGGAUCUCUCGUUCAACAAGCUGGAGCGAAUCCCUCAGGUCAGCACUAGUCUGGAGCACCUCUACCUACAGGCCAAUCAAAUCAAAGAGUUUACCCUGGGCAGCUUCUGCAGCACGGUGGAUGUGAUGAACUUCUCCAAGCUGAAGGUCUUGCGUUUGGAAGGCAACGAGAUCACUCAUAGUGACCUGCCCUCUGAUUCUACUCUCUGCCUGCGCCUUGCCGCAAACAUAGUCCUGUAAUGCCUUCAGUCAGCCAGCAGAGGCCAGCCCUGUCUAUUUCUCUUCUGUUUGUCUUCUGUAUAACUGUUCUGCAGCAUAUGCAAUCUUAGCUAACUGUUGUUGUUGUUGUUGUUUAUUGGUAAUAUUUUCAAUGUGUAAUGUUGAUGUCAGGGGUGGAAGUUAAAAGUUGUGUUUUGUUGAUGUGUUUCCUGUGUGCAAAUUUUUCGAAAAGAGGCAAGAUGGAGAGAACCUAAAUAAAGGUCAGGAGCACUAGACUGAUGGGAACUGAACGUGUUAGACAAAGGUAUAUUUAUCAGUUUUUUCCUUUGAAAUACUUUCUUGUACCUUUAGUUUAUUCUUGCAAGUGUGUGUGUGUGUGUGUGUGUGUGUGUGUGUAUGUGUGUGUGUGUGUCUGUAUAUGUGUGUGUGUGUGUGUGUGUGUGUGUGUGUGUGUGUGUGUGUGUGUGUGUGUACAGAGGUCUCUUUGUCUUUGCACGUAUUUUUUUGUCUGGCUGUCUCCACCUAAUGCUGUUUUCAACACUAUGGUUAGUUGGUCACAUUUAAUGGUUGAUGGUCAGUUGAUUUUGGUUUACUCUAAGUGUACUCUGCCUGGGCUCACAUGAGCUCAGGACUAGUGGUUGAACAAAAAUGCUGUGAGUAUUUAUUGUGCUUGUGGGCCAGGGAAAAUCUCACCUACAGGCACACCUAGCAAACAUGUGCUAUUUGACAUGUCAAACUAUUAACAUACUGUUCCUUGUCUAUGAAUAACUUGAAAUACUUGUUGAGUAUUCUAAGAGCAAAUGUAUUGCAUGCAGUAUAUUAAGGAAGACUAAAGUCCUGAUCUUUUUUUCAGGGCUGGAGACCUUUUACCUGGGUUAAUAAAUGUAAAACAUGGUUAAGAAAAAAUAUCUUGCUUAGUCACCUCUUCUCUAAAACUAAACUUUAAAACUCUGUAGAAGUCAAAGAUUGUGAGCAUAUGAACAGCAUCUUUGCAGUGGAAGAUUAAAAGUAAAACAUCAUUAAUUAAAUGUAUUUAUUUAAUCGGUUUGGCUAUCACCUAUUAACACUUAUUCAACAUGGAUGCACAUGGCCUAUGAAAAGGAAAAUAUGAGGAAAGUGAUGUAGUGCUUUUAAAAGAGGCAGGUAUAAAAGCCACAGAGAACUUCACUCGGCGUUUUCCUUCGAAAUAAUAU